AUGGUAGAGGAGAUAUGGCAGGAGCUUGCUAAAGCAAAAUACUUGGAGUGGGAGCAUGAGUCUACUGCACGUUCUUGGGAACUGCAAAAUUUGAAAUAUGUGCUCCUUCCUCGUCGAGUUUGGGCUUCUGAUCAAUGGAUAGAAGCUUGUGAGAUUGCUCUAAAAGAGAAACAUGUAUUUGAUGAAUUACAUAUGGAAGAGUUUUUAGAUGAAGCUACUAACUCCAAUUCAGACCAAUUGGAGGCUCUGGGGCAGGUACCUGACUAUCUAUGUUGUAAGAUUGCGCUUGACAUUUUGCGUGAUCCUGUCAUUACUCCCAGUGGAAUUACAUAUGAGAGGGCCGUGAUCAUUGACCAUCUGGAGAAGAUAAACCGUGUGGGGGAGUUUGACCCAGUUACCCAUGAACCACUUACUUUGUCCCAACUGGUACCCAAUUUGGCCAUAAAAGAGGCUGUACAAGCAUUCUUGGGUAGGCAUGGCUGGGCUUACAAGAUGGAUUGA